UCACUUGUAUUUUAAGUUCCCCCAUUUCCGAAAAAAGGCUUUUUGCCUAUUAGCCAAAGUUUUUGGUUUAUACCCUCAUCUAAUCUUUAACCUCACCUACAUCCAAAACGUCACUCGUACUCAAAAUACCCCACCAAAUUAUUCUUAAUCCUAGUUUGUAUUCUAGCAAUUUCCUAUAUCGUGUAGGUUACUAUAUUUUGCUGUAACUCACCAGAGAUUGCUCUAAGCGGUUAGAUAUAUAAUGUAACUUUAAACCAAGUACUUAAACUACUCAUUUUUUUUCCAUACAAAUGUCUCUGUGCCGUGAAUUGUAGAUUAUAUUAGCUUUCUAAUAGAAUUACAAAGGUAACCAACAACUUUAGUGCUUCUUGUGUACUAAUUAUUGUAAACAUACAGCUGUUGAUUCCAUGUGGCUUCAUUCAAGUCUCCCUACUUUUCUUGGUGUUCAAGUCAGCAUCCCUACUUCUCCCUGUGUUCAAGUCUCGUCUAGGUCUUUAUAUUUAGGAAAUUAAUUCCUCCACAAAAGAAGUCAUCUCCAUCUCUGAGGCAUCAUGGCAUUAUCAUGCUUGUCUGAAAGCGGAACCGGUGUAGCAUCUGAACUGGGUAAAGAUACAGUUAAUUACCUUUUUAUUCGUUUGAAGUCCAGUUUUGGCUAUCUAGUUCACUACAAAGAGAAGGUUAAUAAUCUCCAAGAAACUUUCGAAGAUUUGAGAAGCCUAAAAAAUGACAUACAACGAAGAACCGAAGCAGCUGAGAAAAAUGGAGAAGUGGUAGAUGAAGUAGUGACUUCAUGGCUAAGAAAAGUUAGCGAACUCGAACAAGCAGUAAAUACAAUGUUAGCAGAGGUUAGAGAGAACAAAAGAAGCUUCAGAAGAUUAUAUCCUAAUUUAAUUUCACGUUACAAGCUUGGGAAAGAAGCUACGCAGAGAAAACUUGAUGCUGAAAAGCUCCAAGAGAAAGGGAAAUUCGAAAAAGUGUCUCAACUUCCACCUCCACCUACCAUUGAAUCAAUGCCUGCAGGUGAUUUCAUGGCUUUCAGCUCGACCAUCGAAGCUAUGGACAACGUCCUGAAGGCGAUGAGGGAUGAGAAUCAACAGUUAAUUGGAAUUUACGGUAUGGGUGGCGUUGGUAAAACAACGUUAAUGGAAGAACUUGGGAGGCAAUUCUCAAUAAGCAAAGAAUUUGGCACGGUUAUUAAAGUCGUGGUGUCGCAAAACCCUAACAUAGAUCAAAUCCGCCGUGAGAUUGCUGAAGAGCUCGGGAUGAGACUCUUUGGAGAGGGUGAAUCUGCUGCAAAAAAACUUGCCGAUAGGUUGAAGAAGGAAACCAAGAUUGUCAUCAUGAUGGAUGAUAUUUGGUCAAGGCUAGAAUUGAGAGUUAUAGGAAUCCCAAUCGGAGAAGAGCACAGAGGAUGCAAAAUUUUGUUUACUACAAGAACACUUCAAGCUUGCCAACUAAUGGAAAGCCAUGCUUCGAUUUUAGUGGAUGUUCUGACAAGAGAAGAUUCUUGGACUCUUUUCAAAAGCAAAGUAGGCGAUAUCUGUAGUUCUCCUGAUAUUGAAAAUGUUGCAAGAAAAGUCGCCGAUGAGUGUGGAGGCUUGCCACUAGCAAUUGUUGUCGUUGGACGAGCAUUGAGAGGAUGUAGUGAGAAAAGCGUGUGGGAGAGUGGCUUGAUGCAGUUAAAAAGAUCGAUUCCUGAUGAGUUGUUGAAUGUGGAGGAACAGUUGUUCAAGUCUCUUGAAUUGAGUUACAACUACAUUAAGAACGAAGAGAUGAAACUCUUGUUCUUGUUUUGUUGCCUAUUUCGCGAAGAUUAUGAAAUAACCGAAGAUGAGCUAACAAGAUACGUUGUUGGUGAAGGUUUCUUGAAGGAUGUAUAUAGCUUGGACGAAGCAAGAGGAAAAAUACAUUUGAUUGUGCAUGAUCUGAUAGCGAGUUGCUUGUUGCUGAAAACCGAAAGAGAGAGAUCAGUGAAAAUGCACGAUGUGGUCCGAGAUGUGGCUGUUUAUAUUGCAUCUAAAGGGGAUGAUUGUUUCUUUGUUAAGGCUGGCUUAGGUUUGAGAUAUUGGCCUGAGAGCAGAACUUUGGAGAUGUGCAAGAGGAUUUCUUUGAUGAACAAUGAUCUUUUGGACCUUCCAGAUCAACCAAAUUGCCCCAAAUUACUCACCCUUUUAUUGAAUUCUAAUCCUUCUUUGAGUGGCAUUUCGAGUAGUUUUUUUCAGGGUAUGGCAUCUCUUGCUGUUCUUGAUUUAAGUGACACGAAUAUUCAGUCGUUGCCUUCUUCUCUCGCUCUUUUAACCAAUCUAGGAUCACUUCGUCUUGACCGCUGUAGGAGAUUGACUGAUUUAUCUUUGAUUGGGAAACUAAGGAAGCUCAAGAUACUUGGUCUGCAGAAAUGUCAAGUUGACAUUUUGCCAGAAGAAAUAGAAACUUUGGCUGAUUUGAAACUCUUGGAUAUUUCAUAUUCAACUUCUCUUGCCUUAGUAAAGGGGCUAUCGAACUUUGGCUGA